GAGGCCGACUUCUUCUCGCCUUUCCUCUACUUCGAGUCCAGCUGUGGAUUGGUCCCAAGUACUAACCUCGAUUCUAAACUCUGACUCGCUUUCAUCUCUCUGUGGUUGACUCGCUGGCUCCAAUCCCGAGUCGUCUUUUAGAGCAAAAAAGAAGCUAGGGUUUCUCAUGGGAACAGGCUUAAACAACCAGCGUAUAUGGUAUUUGUCCGGAACUAUGGUCAAUUGCAGUAGUGGCUCCUUGAAUUGAUCCAGUUCCAAUUUUGUAGAAGGGCAUAUAUUCACAUGGUUUCUUCAGGAGAAACACAUAAUGAAGUUGCUUCUAAUAAUAAGCUGCAAGUAGGGCAGCCUGAUGCUUCAGAGCCGAUCCUUGAUGAUGUGGGUAACGUAUCUCAACGGAUUGCUGAAAGUGGAAUUCAUGCAUCGCAAUCUAACCUAGAAGGAAGGACUGCCCCCACUAUACCCGAGAAAGCAUCACAAGAGCCUGAUGCUGGGAGCCAUAUAUUACGAAUUGAUCAAGAAGGUAGCAUUUCUGCCAUACCCGAGAAGGUCUCAGAAUCCCCUGAUGGGGGUUCCAUUACUUUGCAAUCUAGUCAACACGAAAGUACUCCACCUAUUAUACGUGAGAAAGUGUCAGAGGAUGGAUAUCAAUGGCGAAAAUAUGGGCAGAAAUAUGUUAAAUGCAGGCAGAAAAUUGUCAAAGGGAAUGAGCUUAUACGGAGCUAUUACAAAUGCACACAUCCAAGGUGCCUAGUGAAAAAGCAAUUGGAGAUUUCCCUUGAUGGACAGAUUAUAAAUACGAUCUCCUUUGGUCAUCAUGAUCAUCCUAAACCUCGAGACAACCUCCCUGUAGAUGUUGGAGUUGUUGAAGAAAAAAGAGAUAAAUCCUCCUUAUCUUGCAUGGAAGAGAGGCAGAAACCCCAUGAGAUUGAGGCAACAAAUACUCCUCAACUUUCUUCUACUGUUGCAUCAAAGAAUGAUGUAAAAGUUGUGCUUUCGGAUUCAAGCAGGACAAGGUACAAGGUUGAUACUGGUGACAGUACAGGUGCAAAACGAACGAAGAAAAGGAAUCGUAAAGGUGAUGCAACUCUGAUGGAUAAACCAACUAGUGAACCACGUACGGUUGUCCAAACUUCAAGUGAAGUAGAUAUCUUAAAUGAUGGAUACCGAUGGCGCAAAUAUGGGCAGAAAUUAGUGAAAGGCAAUCCAAAUCCAAGGAGUUACUAUCGAUGCUCAACUUAUGGCUGCCCUGCAAAGAAACUUGUAGAGAGGGCAGCUCACGACCCAGCACUGGUGAUAACCACUUACGAGGGACAGCAUGUUCAUGAUGUGCCUCCUGCAAGGAGAGUUGCCCACAACCCAGCUAGUUCUGAUGCCAACCAUAGAGAUGAUUCAGGCACAAAACCUGUGGAAAGUUUCGCCAGUUGUCUUGAUAUGGUUGUUAGCCAUACUGAUCGCAUUGCUAAUGCUGAAUCAACGCAACAAGUCAAGAGUAAGAGUAGGAAAUUGGAAAGAAGUAGUGUUGCAAACUUUGACACGGUGUCCCAUUCUAGCAUGGUUCAUGAAUGCAAAUCAAAUGGGAAACACAACGUCAAGUCAGCUUCAUCUGAAGUGAAUAAUGCUUCUGAUCUUGAUAUGGCUGCUCAUUCAAGUUCAGGUUCAAAGGGUGGGUUAGAUGAGCAGUGUAAUGGUGAAUCGGGAACUAGGUUGAAUGAGAUUGAUGGUACUUGCCCUGAUAUGGUUGUUCAUGCCAAUCCAGUUAGCCCAAAUGCAGCAUGCUGAAAAGAUGAAUUCUUGUUGCUUGUACCUUUAAAAAUUAGCAAUUGUCAGGGCAUCCAUCGAAUUGACCUAACUAGUACACAGAUGUUCUAAUUGUCAAUGUAACUCUUACAGCUACUACUAGUCACGGAGAAAAUCAAUCAGAUAAAGAUGACGGAGAACUGACGGAAGUUUCUAAUGUGGCUGUUGUUUACAGUCGCAUUUGUAGGGAGACGAAGAGGAAGACCUAGCGGAGUAGAGAGAAGGAAGGAAAUACUUGUCCUUUAGAUCCUUGUGCUAAAGAAUUGGAAUCAUUGAUUAGUUCUCACGUGAACUUAUUGUAGCAUUUAUCAUUUAACUGGGAUGAAAUUAGUGUGAGUUAUGUUUGGUGAUAUCUACUAAUUUUGUGAAAUUGGAUUUAUGCUCCAUGACAUUCUUUCGUUAUGCAUUG